AUGUCCAAGUGGCUCCUCGUCAUUGCGCUGGCGCUCGCAGUGUCCGUUGGCAGUGGGGCUCCGCUUGCUGCUCCAUCCGAACAGCAGCUGGUCAAGUGGACGGCGCCAGCACUGGAGCAAGUUGCUCAGUUGGAAUCAGAUGGCGAGCGGCUGCAGCGCGCGGUCGCCAUUGCCAGUCGAGACAUUGGCGAAGAGAGGUCCUCGUCGACGUCGAAAAAGCUCAAGAAGAAGUUCAAGAAGUGGUCACCUAUCAAGAAGUUUAACAACUACAAGGAACGCGUAAAGGUUGGCUGGAAGCUGUACAAGUGGUACGGCGCCAUCUGGCAGAAGAUUGAGAAGCUGCUCGAGUGGUUUGGCAGCAUCUUUGCGGCUUCGAGUACCAGUGAGUCGUUCCCUCACUCGGUCGUCCACUCGUCCGCUAAGAUUGGCAAACGGUGUCGCAUUGGGGCAUUUAGUACUGUGGGAGCAGACGUUAUCAUUGGCGACGACUCAAUCAUUGGCGCCAAUGUGACGUUGCAGAACUGCUCCAUUGGCAGUCAAGUGGUGAUCCACGCGGGGGUCCGCAUCGGCCAAGACGGCUUUGGGUUCACGCUCAACGGUCACGGCGUUCAUGAGAAGAAGCGCCAGGAGCGACGCGUUGAGGUGCACGACUGCGUCGAGAUCGGUGCCAAUUGCACGAUCGAUCGCGGCAGUUGGCGCAAUACAGUGGUUGGCAAACACUGUAAACUCGACAACUUGAUCCAACUUGGUCACAACGUGCAGCUUGGCACGGGCUGUGUCAUUGCUGCACAGACCGGGAUUGCCGGCAGUACGACACUGGGCAACAACGUGCAUAUUGGCGGACAAGUAGGUGUGGCGCAGCAUCUCAAGAUCGGGGACAAUGUUCGCAUUGCUGCAAAAAGCGGUGUCAUGAACCAUCUCGAGUCGAACGCUACGUAUGGCGGCAGCCCUGCAGUGCCCAUCAUGGAAUAUCGGCGUCAAAUGGUACAACUGAGGCGUCUGGGCAAGCGGUUUGUCGACUAA